AACAGUCACCACCUAUCAUGCCAAUGCGACUACGUCUGGCCGUCCACGGCCUUCGCCAUGACCGUGUUUUCCACCUCGUUGCGAUAAAUCAACGAACUCGCCGCAAUGGAAAACCUACAGAGCUUCUCGGUAUCUACGAUCCUCGCGUGAAGCCUGGAGGGAAGGAUCACAAAACAAUGGAAUGGAGUGUCGGCAGGAUUCGUUAUUGGCUAGAUGUUGGGGCUAUACCAAGCAAAUCUGUCGUCAAACUGCUUACUAUGGGAAAUAUUCUCAAGUCUGAGUCGCCGUAUCACCCCAAAUCAACGAGUGACAUGUCACCGCCUACUUCGACACCCUCAUCGUCUUCUUUAGCAUCUUCCCAUCCCGUUCAGCCAAAAUCAUAGCAGUCCGACAAUAGCCUAUUCACCUUUGCGGUUAAGCGCAAACCUACGAGCUACUUUUCCCCCCAUACAUAUCAUUGAUUGGACAGUAGUUCCACAAUAUCUUCAUGCCCAGCGGUCUGGGCUAACUCUAGAGGUGUCAUGUCGUCUGGGUCCUAUGCAAAAAUGUACUUCAGUACCCAAAUAAAGAUAUGAAAAUCCACUAUUCACCUUUAUAGAUGUGUCGGCACCU